AUGAAGCCUGACACGCGUGCUAUCAUCCUCCUCCCGCUGAUGCUCAUUUCGCUUGUGACGUUCCUCCAUCCUGCCGCUGCUGACAAUGGCAGGCCAUGCCGCAGCGAAGGAUUGAGCCUGCGCCUGGUCCCCAACACCGGCUGGAACAGCACCAUGCACGUCGACCGCGACGGUUUCCUGCACCUGGACGAGGCAGCCACCACCACGCUUCGGCCGCACAUUCGCGGGCCCAGAGGACUCACGUACAGCGUGGCCACCACCGUCGGGACGGGCCACGGCCGCCGCACGUACGACCUAGAGCUGGACACGGCCAGCAGCCUGACAUGGAUGCAGUGCGUGCCGAUCGCGCGCCCAUUCACACAGGUGCCGCCGCCCUUCAACCCGCUGGCCUCGCCAUCGUUCCGCCGCGUCUCGCGCGUAAGCACCCUGUGCAAUGGGCCGUCCACGCGCAAAGAGUGCGAGUUUCGAGCCACCCGCCUCGACGGUGCGCGUGUGAGUGGCGUGCUCGUCAACGAGACCGUCGCCUUCACGGACGACGCGGAAGUUCAUGGCGUCGUCAUCGGCUGCGCGCACACCACCACGGGGUUCCACAGCCACGAAGUGCUAGCCGGUGUCCUUGGCCUGGGCAAGCAGAGACCGUCGCUCAUCUGGACUCGGCUCCACCAGCACGGGCAGGACGGCCGCUUCUCCUACUGCCUCUCCGGACCCGGGCAUCCGAACAGGCACGGCUUCCUCCAGUUCGGCGCCGACGUCCCGGCCACGGGCCACAUGAGGAGCACCAAGAUCCUCUACGUGCGCAUGACCGACCCGGAGUUCAGCCCCUACCACGUCGGCCUCACAGGCGUCAGUGUCGCCGGGCUGCCCCUGAGCCUGCCACAUGGCAGGAUCAAGGAGUUGUUCCAGCGCCGCAAGUUGCAUGACGGCAGGUGGUCCAACGGUUGCGUGAUCGAUCCCGGGACGGGCAUGACGGUGAUGAUCAAGCCCGCAUAUGACCUCCUGGUGCACGCCGUGGAAGAGCGUGUCAGGAGGCUAGGGCUGCCAAAAGUGGAGGGCAACCAGUACCCCGUCUGUUUCCGCGGCGCAACUCGAGCCGCCUUCGAGCACCUGCCGACGGUGACGCUGCACUUGGACAAUGACCUAGUGCUCCGGCCACAGCAGCUCUUCGUCCUCGUCCACCAAGACGCCUGCCUUACUGUGAUGCCAAGCGAGCACAUCACCAUCAUCGGCGCGAUGCAGCAGGUGAACACGCGCUUCGUCUACGACGUCGCAGCGGGCAGGAUCCACUUUGCUCAUGAGGACUGCCAUGGCGACAUGGGAGGCCAGAAUUGA